AUGAAACUGAGCGCUAUUGGACUCUUCGCCAUUGCCUUGAACCAGGUUCAGGCCAGCCGUAUUGUCCGAGCGUCAAAGUCUCCCUACCUUUUCCUCAUCGGGGACUCCACUGUCGCAGUGAAUGGUGGCUGGGGAAAUGGUCUUCUCUCGUACCUUAAAGACCCAGCCAAAGGCGAGAACAGGGCUGUAAGCGGAACCACCACCGUUUCCUGGAAAUCCAAUGGAAGAUGGGAUGAUCUCAUUGAAAACAUCGAGUCGAACGUGGGAAACUAUGAACCCAUCGUCACCGUGCAAUUUGGGCAUAAUGACCAAAAGUCCCUAACAUUGGACGAGUUCCAUGCAAACCUGGAGGAGAUUGCAACGGAUAUCAAGCAGGCUGGCGGUACUCCGAUAUUUAUUACCUCCCUCACGCGACGCACAUUUGACGGCGAUACAGUGGUAGAGAACCUCAAGGAGUGGCGAGAUGCGACUAUUUCUGCGGCCAAGGCCGUCGGCGUCAAAUACCUUGACUUGAAUUUAGCAAGUACCAACUAUGUCAACGCCAUCGGGGAAGAAAACGCUAGCAAGUACAACCUUGCCAGUAACGACAGGACGCACCUAAAUACCGCCGGUGAGGCCGUCUUUGGCCGAAUGACACUUGACCUCUUGUUGGAGGCGCGUGAGGAUCUCAACGAAUAUUUCGACUCUAACAAGGCUUUGAGCGACAAGAUUGUUAACGGGGAAUAUGCCACUGGGGAUGAGUAAAA